UCCGGAGAGGUUGAGCGAUGUUGGUCUUUCUUAUAUGUCCGUCAUAUUGGACGAAGGUCACGUGUUUCCCACGUGCAGGAUUAUUGAAAAUACUAUUCCGACUUUCUUUACAAGAGAGCUGUUGGCAUUCUCAGAGAACAGUAGGUACGUGUCAAGGCCGUUUUACAAUACACAACUUUUGCCCAAAACAACUGUCGCAUGCAACCUGCUUACAACUUGAGUAGUACUGUGGAAAUCAACCACACAACUCAUUUACGUUGUCGUAUAGUGAAUUGUGUGCUUGAUCAGCCUUGAUGACACUACAACUCACGUUGUAAGAAGGUUAGUUGUAGUGGAAAUCGGUCUUAAGCUUGAGAUUCUAGCUCCAAUGUUGUUACAAUAGGUUUACGAGAAUUAUCGAUGUCGUUAUUCAUUCUGAUGUUCGCUGGAGGGAACAAGAUGUUGUUGACAUUUUAUCUGGAAUUAUUCAAGUGAGUAAAAGAAAUAUAUUGAAUUUGUGAUCUGCAUGAGGAAAUUGGACGUACAUUAGUAACAUGAGUUAAGCACUUUUGUUGAAUACUAUCAUGCUAAAUUUGUGAUUUCUUUAAACCUCGUUGCAGAAACAUGUCAAACGGUCAAGCGUUGUUCCUGAUGCCAACCGUACUCUGAUCGCGACCGAGUUUUGGUUGAGAGCAUUAUGCUGUUUAACUGACUGGAAUACGUAAGUUCUCUAAAUGAUCCCUUAAAGGUGCAAUGUUACUGUAGGAAAAGUGGAAUUAUUAUACCAGGAGAAAACCUAUUAGACACCAGAUUACCUAUAGACAGACCUUGUUUAAAAAAAAGCAUCUUCAACUCCGAUUUUUAACUUGAUAAAGUUAAUAAAACAAAUAAUUGAUUUUCUUUUCUUACAGGGACACAAACGUUUUACAACUGUUGAACAAUUUGUUGAAAUGUAUAUUCAGAAAUUCUGACGCUCACGAGUUUAUCGUCAAUUACUUUGUUGAGAAGCACCAGGUAUGAACUGUCAACUCCUGAAGGCGAAACAUUUAAAAAUCUAUUUCACGUCUUCUUAUUUUCGUUAUUCUGUGUUUCAGGACACAUUAAGAAGCCUCAAAGAUCAGGGAUUUCUUUCGGCUUUUUUUUCGUUUGUCGUUUCAUACCCUUCCUCUGCCAAUUUGGUUGAUAUUAAAGUAAGUGUGUGUGUAGUGUAUUUGAUCACGUGGUUACGUUGAAGUGAUGUGGUGAAACAGUACGUGGUAUAAACUGUAUCACUUCUGUGGCUAGGCUUUUAUUCCUGCAAUGUGCAAGUUGUCUGAUUUUCCUGCAAUUUGCAAGUUAUCGAAGUCUCAGUCACAGAGGAAGUACAUACAGAGAUCUCACUUCAGGUUAAUUUCGUGUAAGGGAUUUUUUCAAUUCGCCAUGUUCUUAGCAAGUGCCCUAAAGAGAGGCAGUCACUCCCCUGAAAACAUAUUGAAAAUAUAAUAUUCCAGGGGGGUGAAUGCCUCUCUUUAGGGCACUUGCUAAGAACAUGGCCUCCAGCUAUUUCGGUAAAAAAGCACCUUACGGUUUUGUAAUGGAAGUUACACUUCUGUAUGUCUUUAUUCUGUGUCCCAGUCGCAUUUGAAAUGAGUGCUUCCAGUCUAAAGGCCCAUUUCCACUCAAGAAAAAUUUCCACGGACAGAAAAUUUCCCGAAAAUAUCAUUGUUAAAAGUUGAAAAUUUUCAACUUAAAAAUUUUUUUCCCGACGGAAAAUUUGUCUCUGCCAAUCACAUUUUACAAAAUUUUCUUUCUGCGGAAAAUUUUCCGGAGUGGAAAUGCAGGCCUUGACUAUACGAAAUAUUGUAAGUUUUUUUUCUGAGUAGUCCAGUUGGUUAAUUUAGUAUUAGUUUUUCUAUGAAAACUGGACUUUGAGGACUGGACUAGAUUUCAAGUCUGGGCAAUUUGAUCAAAAUGGAUCAAAAUGCGAGGAGUUGAAAUCUAGUCCAGUCCUCUUAGUCGGAUUUGAAAUUACAUCUCAUUCGAUUAAAUCACUAAAUGGACCAUUUGCAUUAGAAUUAAUUUUGAUCCUGUCCAAGGACUGAAUUAAUUUCGAUCCAGUCUCGAUCAUGAGAAUUAUUAAUGAGUUUGAGAUAUAUGAUUCUUUCUGUUUCAGACGCACUCUCAGUAUGUGUAUUUCUGUUACUACGUUCUUUGCGCGGAGUCUCGGUAUCAACAACGAUGUGGCUUGAAAUCUGGUCUCGCUAAUAAACUUCAUGACAAACCUCAGAUGUGCAUCGAGACAGCUUUGAAGGUUGUUUCUAUGAAUAUUUGAUUUUAGGGACCGCUCAUAAUUUAUUGUACACGGGGGAUUGAGGGGAAACUGGGGGGGGCUUUAAAUUUUUUAAAACCUGAAAAGGGGGGGCUUUGAAAAAAUACAGAGAGACGAAAGAAGGGGGGCUUUGAAAAUAUUUACCAUUCUUAACAAAUAACAAUGUUUAUAGACUUUCAAUAUUCAUAAAUGGAAGCCAAAUAAAAAGUCUCUUAUGUUCAUGUAAAUAGACAAUCCCCAUUAUAGACUAAUUUUAGAACUAGGCAAAGAGAUGCAAAUCAAGGCCGGAUAAAAAAAUGUUAGUCAGAAUCGCAUAUUUUCACCGUUGAGAGUUGGGUCUAAAACCAUUGAAAAUGAAUUCCCUUUAGUACUUAAGUUGAUGAAUUUCACUUCAUUAAACUACGCACAUAUUCAUAAUUAUUAUGAAGUAGGAAUAAAUCUUAGCUAAGCUACGACACGUUAGUGAUUAAUUGCUUUUUCUUUUGUUAUGCAUUGUUUUAAUUAGGCACAGAGGUGAAAAUAUGCGAUUUUGACUGACAUUUUUGAUCGGCCUCGUACAUGCUUAUUUUUUCUCCACUUGGUAUGAAAAGCAUGUCAUUCAAUAGCUAAAAGCCUGAUCUUUCCAAAUAUGAAAACCAAUUGUUCGUACGCCGAGUGAUUCACGUAUAAUAGCGCGCUGAAGUUCGAUUACCUUUUUUUUGAUACACCCUGUAUAUAGUUAUCGACAGACCUACUUACAUGCUACUUGGCGUCUUUGUUUAGAAAGUCUCAUCUUCAUUGAAAGAUGUCAUUCCUAUCCCAUCCUGCAACUUGGAUAUCUACCGCUGGGCAGACUUGGCGCUAUCAACAGACCACGAAGAACCAGUACUUGCCGUAAUCUGGCAGAACUUUUUUGUACAAUUUUUACAUCGCGUAACUGCUGGUCCAGGGUAAGUUUAGUACAGAACCUAGUUUUCGUUUUGACCGUAAUAUUUGACUUCGUUUUUGAAUUUCUUCGUGUGCAGCAGAUUUUGGUCAAACGGCAGUUCUCAGAGUGGGAAAAUAAUGUGAUUUUCACGGGAUUUUCUUAAUUCUUUAUGUAACAGUUUAUGUUUGUUUUGUAUCUUAGCCUUCCUGAGCGUGGCAGUGUCGGAUCACGUUUCUUUGAAAGUACAGCGAACACAACAUACUUAAAGGUAAAAGAAUACUCCACAUUACCCCUUCAUUCAGAACAGAUUGAUGUCAUUUGUGUUGCCCUCCGCCCCCUGGCGAGGGUUCCAUCUGCUUAAAAUAGAAGCAAAAAGAGAAGAAAAGACUGUUUAGGUAUUUCAAUCUCAUAACCAACGCUUGUCUGGCAGAAAAAAUAUAUAAAAAAUUGUGUCUAAAAAUGUCAAGAAUCAAGCCUCCAGAGGCCGGUUGUAUAGAAAAUUGGUUAAAGUUAACUAUAGUUAGUGGAAACGUCAUCCAAUAAGAAGUGCGUAUUUGAGAGUUAAUCACUGUGUAACUACAAAAUAGUGAUUAAAAAAGUGAUUAAGAGUUUUAUACAACCAGCCCUAGAGGCUCAAAAUGCAAACAUUUUCUGGUGGUGCUCCCCUUCCCCCACCCCAGAACACCUCCAAUUCACUGAGGUUAGUCCAGUCGUCCGGUCAGUGCCAGUAAUACUCAUUUCUAUCAUUUAGAUUAUUCCAAACUUUAGCGCUGUGGUUGGAUGAACCUCGUCUGCAUAGUCCCACGUUGUUUCUGCAAGGCCUACCUCCUGUAUAUGAUGCUGAUCGCUUGACAAAGGUUUUGAGACGAGAUGAGGUACUACUGCAUCGCAGUUCUGUAUGUUGUGUUAAUAUUUAUUUUAAUUUAUUAUUGUGUAUGGGAAAUAAUUAUCACUUAUUUACUGAGACCGAGGGAAACAGUGUGUUUUGUGGUCAGUAAAUAAGUGUUUUAUUAUAUAUCAAUAGUCAAAGAAACAACAAAUUAAAGAACAAAUGAACGUAAAUACAUGAAAUAUUUAAUUGUUAAAACGUUAUAUUAAACACUGGCUACACUGCAGUUACUUAAAGCGAAAGUUUUAAUUACGUACUAGGCAUGUCCAAAGGUCGCAUCUUCACGUGAUGGCGCACGUGAUUUUUUUUGUUAUUCGCCGGUCGAUAACGUAUUAUCUCCCUCUCGCGCUGUUGCGAAGGAGACAGCCUAAUUUCCUCACUCUCACGUGAUAUGCUCUCAACCAAUAAAACACUAGAAAAAUACGACUUUGACUAUUGAUAUAUAAUAAUGUUUAUUAUUUCAUUGGAUGUAACACAUACGUAAAAACGCACAAGUUGUUACUAAUCUGUUCACAAGUUGUCGACAAGAUGUGUUUGCAUUGCUUGUUCCAAGUUGUUGUAACAAGUUUGAAACAAUCUGUUAACAACCUGUAACAAACUUGAUGGCAUUAUCAGUGACUUGUUACAAGGUUCUAACAAGUCUGAUACAGUUAUGAUAUAACAAGAAUGUUACAAGGUUGACCACACAGGGUUGUAACAAUAUUGUUAUAUCAUGACUGUAUCGGACUUGUUGGAACAACCUUGCAACAAGUCUGAUAAUGCCAUCAAGCUUGUUACAAGUUGUUAACAGCUUGUUCCAAGCUUGUUGACAACUUGUGACAAGCAGUGCGAACACUGUUGGCAGACUUGUUACAAGAUAUGAGAAUUUUACGUCUGUAGUCUUGCAUUUGGUCACAAAUAGACUUUGGGUUGUGUCUGUUUAGAUCUUGUGGUUGGACAGUGUUGACUUGGCGAUGAUCGACUGGCAGUUGAAUGCCUCGCUACAAUUCUGGAUGAGAUUUAAUAAAGAAAGACAAAAGAAAAUCUGUACCAUUCAAAAACGUAAUCUGAUUAAGAAACCAGGUAACAGUUUGAAGUAAUGUUUUAAAGGAGUAUGUUGUAAUGAAGAAAUAAAUGAAGUUGAAGACUUUCUCUUUCGUAGAGCGUGUUGCCCACAAAACGUUCGGUCGUGAAGAGAUGAUUGAACCGCCGUUAUUCAACGUUUUAUCCACACCAAUACCAGAAUGUCCUGUAUCCGUUCUCUUGGAUAAAUAUAAAAUAAUGGAAACUUUAGGAAGGAACCUGGAUGUUCUUGCGGAUUAUGCAAGGUACAGGAAUACUUUAUUUUAGUUGUAAAGGUACGUUUACACACAACGAUGAAUCGGGCCGAUUCAGCUUUCAUUAAAUGAUAUUUGAAAAAUACGCUGUCAACGUCAUCUGACGACAUCGUCAACUGACAACAGUCGUCAUUAACAUUCGGCAAAACCUGAAAUCGGCUCGAUUAAUCGUUGUGUGUAAACGUAGGUUAAGGGAGAGCACGCGUAGUAGCUGCGGUUUGCGGGCUGCUCCUUACCUCUGAGUAAUCCAGGGUCUCCAUGUUUUCUGGCUUGCCUCCCUCACCAAAAGCUAACCCUUAUGUCUUAGUUGUUGAGCACAUCUAUCACGAGUAACCACACCCUGCGUAAUCAAUAUUACAAAAAUCAUUACCAUUAUAUCAAUGUUCAUAUAAACACCUGUAUAAAGGAACUACAUUUAGCUAUAUGAAAUGACUGUCUUCUUUUGGUUUAGAAAAUUUAUGAUGAAACUUUCAACAAACUCCGCUCUUGAUUACGAGUACAUGGACAUGUUAAAGCACCUAUAUGAGAACACAGAAACACAGGUAGUGUUGAGAUUUUUGCUCUUUAGUAUAAGACAAUAUCUAGAAGGGAGUGUAUAGUCAAAUGUAAUCGCCACAAUAUUGGACUUUGUAACUUAUUUGAUAGCUUCAAAUGUCCAUACCAUGUCACAAGAAAGGAACUACUAAGAAAGGAUGUCAGGGACCUGCUAAUCUUGUUGUCAAGGUAAUGCCUUAAUGCGCAUAAUAAUCGGGUAGAUGCCUUAAUACGCAUAAUAAUUGCGUGCGGAAAUUGGUACCACAUUUGGGCUGAAAAUGGUAGCAAUUUCCGCACGCAAUACAAAAGUACAAAAUUUGCAAACUUUGCAAGGCUAUAGUAUAUUUUCCCAAUGUUUGCAGAUUUAUUCCUGCGCGCAGUUUUAUUUCUGCGUGCAGAUUUAUUUCUGCGUGCAGAUUUAUUCCUGCGUGCAGAUUUAUUUCUGCGUGCAGAUUUAUUCCUGCGUGCAGAUUUAUUUCUGCGUGCAGAUUUAUUCCUGCGUGCAGAUUUAUUCCAGCGUGCAGAUUUAUUCCUGCGUGCAGAUUUAUUCCUGUGUGCAGAUGUAUUCCUGCGUGCAGAUUUAUUUCUGCGUGCAGAUUUAUUCCUGCGUGCAGAUUUAUUCCUGCGUGCAGAUUUAUUCCUGCGUGCAGAUUUAUUUCUGCGUGCAGAUUUAUUUCUGCGUGCAGAUUUAUUCCUGCGGCAGAUUUAUUCUGCGUGCAGAUUUAUUCUGCGUGCAGAUUUAUUCUGCGUCAGAUUUAUUUCUGCGUGCAGAUAUUUAUUCUGCGUCAGAUUUAUUCCUGCGUGCAGAUUUAUUCCUGCGUGCAGAUUUAUUCCUGCGUGCAGAUUUAUUCCUGCGUGCAGAUUUAUUCCUGCGUGCAGAUUUAUUCCUGCGUGCAGAUUUAUUCCUGCGCGCAGAUUUAUUCCUGCGCGCAGAUUUAUUCCUGCGGCAGAUUUAUUCCUGCGUGCAGAUUUAUUCCUGCGUGCAGAUUUAUUCCUGCGUGCAGAUUUAUUCCUGCGUGCAGAUUUAUUUCUGCGUGCAGAUUUAUUCCUGCGUGCAGAUUUAUUCCUGCGUGCAGAUUUAUUCCUGCGUGCAGAUUUAUUCCUGCGUGCAGAUUUAUUCCUGCGUGCAGAUUUAUUCCUGCGUGCAGAUUUAUUCCUGCGUGCAGAUUUAUUCCUGCGUGCAGAUUUAUUCCUGCGUUCAGAUUUAUUCCUGCGUGCAGAUUUAUUCCUGAUAAGGGAUUUAAUCGCAUAUUUUUCACCGAUGAGGGAUUACCCUUACCAGACGUCCAGGGAGUGUUGUAGGGCUGUCCAGUGGAAAUAAACUUUAGGCUUCUUCGUGUUUUAGUACCGUGAAAAGAAGUCGUGCGACCCAGUUCGUGACCGUGCCAGUCGAAAUCGUGAGGAAUUCAAGAUGCUCAUGCGUGAAAUGUUGCACCAGAUGCCGCCUGAUAUCUGUCUAAACGCGUUGUGUGUAGAAAAAACGUUGACGUAAGUUGUAAAAUGUAUUGGAACUAGACUACUCGUAUGGGACUUGAAUUUAUUGGACCUAGCCUAUUCGUAUGGGACUGUGAGCGGGCUAUCUUUUUUAACUUGAAUUUAUUAUGCAUAAACUCAGAUCAGAAUGACCCGAGAAUGAUAUAGUUUCUUGAAUUAUUUUAUCCAGGUUGCUUCUAAAGCAAUGGAAAAGCUGCCAAAAUCCAGCAUUUAGUAGUAAGUAUGGUAGUUAGGGCCGUUGGUAUAGUAUAUGGUAGUUAGGGCCGUUAGUAUAGCAAGCGUGUAGCAGAUUGUCAACUUCAGAAAGGUUGACCAUCAUCUACUGCACAACAGUGUUGAGUGAAAUCCAUCAUUGUUAAAAUGUCGUUCUGAAGUACAUUUGAAGUGUUGUUACUCCGGCAAUUAAUGAGAAGUAUAUUUGCUAAUAUUUUUCAGAGAAGUUUGAAGACAUUGGUUGCAGUACGUUCUACAUGUUCAUCGAUAUGGUUUCCGAUUCCGUGCGACAGUUUCCUCCAACAAUGCAGUUUUUCUCAACUUGUGUUGAGCUACUUGGGAAGGUACGCACGAUUUCCUGAUACCUAGUGCAACCAUACCACAUCAUACUACAAUAUACAUACAUUAUUAUACCAUGCCAUACCAUACCAUACCAUACAUACUGCAUCCUCCAUCAUACCAUACUUUAUCAUAUUAUACUAUACACUAUAAUACCAUAUGAUACUAUACUGUACCAUACCACACCAUGGUCCAUAGACUCCAUACCGUAUAAUAACAUUCUUGACAUUACCUAACAUUCCAUUUCCUGUUUUUCUUUUUUUUCUUUUGUUAAUUAAGCCUUAUUUCCACACAGGAAAUUUUUCGGCGGAAAGAAAAUUUUGCAGAAUGUGAUUGGCUUGGCCGACACAAAUUUUCCGUCGGAAAAAAAUUUUGAAGUUGAAAAAAAAUUUGAAGUUGAAAAUUUUCAACUUUUGACAAUGAUAUUUUCGGAAAUUUUUCUGUCCGUGGAAAUUUUUCUUGAGUGGAAAUGGGCCUUUAUCGUAAAACUACAUAAGCAUUGAGUUACGAAUCUUUCUCUUUAAACAUUUGUUUUUCAAUUCUCAGACUUUUAUCAUGGAGAACCGUACUCAAACAGAAGUUUUGUUGCGAACAAUCCUGGCUCGUCCUAAAAUCGUUGGUUUGCUAUUACCAAUAUUUCAACCUAGCACAUGUGAGGACAGUUUCACGGAAAUGUACGAGAAUGUUAUUCAGACGAAUUUGGACGUCGAAGUCAAGUUUUCACUCCUUUCCAAGGUAUAUGCAUCUGUACAAGGUAUAAAAUUUUCACAAUUUUUGAAAAAAAAAAUAGAAAAAAUUCUCAGAAAUUUGAAUCCCCCCCCCCAUUCUACCAAGUCACUGUUCUUCCUAGAGAUCCUGUAAGGGCCACCCUUAGCCCCUCCCUUUGCUCCUUCCGACGGGGGCACCCCUGUACCAACAGCAUCCCAAUUAGGUCUUUCUUAGAGACUUAAAUUUCUCUGUUCUAUAUUUCAGUUGUGUUCCCUCGUUGAAAGUUGUCGUGGUUUUCUAAUAGAAAUCUUUCCCAGAAUACCCUGGGUUGAGGUCUUGCAACAUUUUCGGUAUGUUCAAAUGUAUUUAUUCUUGUAUAUAACACACUACAAUCUAUUUAGCGACAAAACUCCAUAACAUCAAUCACUUGUAGAUCUUGCAAAUCAUAAACUUAUAUCUUUAUUUCCCUUUUGAUUUAGACUCGUUGAAGGAGCGACUGCGCUGAAGCAAUUUCAGAAUCUACUUUUUAAUUUAUUACUAGUCUUGGGAAAUGAGAAGAGUAUCAUUAAGAUAGAGGUAAGGCUGCUGAAAGUUUCAAAAUAAGAACAAAACAAGGGAGAAUUUUUAACUUAUAUUAUAUUUCCUAGGAAUGUGAAAUGUUGACUCUCGUUGGAAAGGCUGUGGAAUUGGAUUGGGACCUUCUAGAUGGGACGUAAGAAAUGUUCAAUAUCAGUUCCAAACUUUUCUUCCAAUAUCCUUCUAACCCCCUUCAGGUCCAGCAAAGGCCACUUCUUAUUGGUCCAGUGUUACUGCAGGAAGAAACCGUUCUACCCAGAGAAAACCUGUGGUGUUUGGUAGAGUCAAACGAAAAACACUUCUCUCAUUUGCAACUGAUGUGAAUUAUAAUCAGACAAGUGAAUAUUGUAGGAAUUAAACCCUGGUCACAGGAUGGGAGGUGGUAUGUACUACUUCAAUUCUAAGUAAAGUGUUCUUUCUAUUUUAGCACAUUCCGCUCAGUCUGUGAUUGGUUGGUAUCAAACUGCAAUUAUGUUGAAGUAUUGAAACCGUCUUCUGUGAUAUGGAACAGUAUCAGGUUAGAAAGUCUCUAGCAGUUGUUUGGAGAAGCCAAUUUGUUCAAUUGCCUUUUAGCGCUAAUCGUAUAUUCUGAUUUUUGUUUAGAUUGCUCCAAGCUGCAUGUUUAUUGUCUUCCUUGGUUACUAGCGAAUACACUUACACUGUAAGUAUCUAUAGGAUUGAGAGUGAAGCUGAUGUAAGGAAGCAGAUAUUCGUUAACUUCAUAGUUGUUGAUACUUGUGAUGUUACUCUGAAUGUAUAUCCACACCGGGCAAACUUGAAAAAUAUGCCAGAGUAUACUCAGAGUAACAUCACAAGUAUCAUAUUCACCUGAGUACAUUACACCAACACAGAAAAAAUUCAUGAUUCAUAGUUGUUGUUUGUGAUGUUACUCUGAGUGUGCAUUCACACCGGGCAAGCUGAAAAGUUUGCCUGACCAGGGUGGGAAUUGAACCCGCGACCUUUGGGAUACUAGUAUUGGACUAGUAUCGCAAAGGUCCCGUGUUCGAUUCCCACUGUGGUCAGGCAAACUUUUCAGCUUGCUCGAUGUGGGUGCACACUAAGAGUAACAUCACAAACAUCAUGCUCACCUGAUUACAUAACACCAACACACACAAAAAAUUUCACAGUUGAUACAUAUUGAAGCAAGCAAAUUAAACUACAUUCCACAAUCUUUAUAUAUAGGCCACCAAAUACAAGACUACUAUACAAGAUUAAAAGAAAUAACAUUAUUUUGUCCCUCUGAGAACUACCAGUUGACCACCAUAUCCACCUACAGCAUGGUGUCAAUAUUCUUUUCAUUUCUUAGAAUAUCCCAGAGAAGCGUCUACAUUAUUUGAACAGUAUGGUGAAAUUGUUAUGUAAGUGUUCUGCCAGUCCUGAGCACACACCUGGACUGUAUCGUCCUGUCAUUGAGCAAUUGAUGGACAGUGUAUUGGUUGCCUCGACCUCAGGUUGGUGGAAUUUCACAGAACACGAAUGCAUUGCAUCGAGUUUUCUUCCUGAAAUAUACAGUUGUCGAACGUUUGAAGAGUGUUUCCAGUUUGACUUUCCCGAACAUCGCAAGUUUCCUCCAAUUAUUCUGGUUUCCUCGUGUUACACUGGACCAUUAAGUGAUAAUCCUUUCUGGACCUCAGGGAGAACAGUUUAGAACUGAUAGAGCUAUCCAGUAUAAAUAAAGUUAGUUUAGUUUAGGUUUCUUCCUGUGGUAACACUGGAUCAUUAAGUGAUAAUCUUUACUAGGGAGAACACUUAGGAACUGUGGACCUAUCCAAUUUUGAGAUGCAGUAACCUUAUCUUUCUUGAUUUUUUAAGAUGCAACAACAAACAACCAGAAUAUAACAUUUUUGUACAUGGAAGUCCUGAACCUUCUCAACAGCUUGUCACCCACGGAGAAAGUUCUAGUCCUCGCUUUAGAAACCAUUCAAGAGAAGAUCCGUGAUCUGACUCAGACCAAUGUUAUCUUAGCUAUGAUCGUAGCAGCCUGUCGUUCUCUGGCCAGUAUUAACCUCAUGGUACAGGUGGUUGAGGUUGCAGUGGAAACACACUUUAAUAACAUCAAGCUGCCAUCGAUUGGUGAAGGCAAUGAAUCUCAGGAAGGUUUGGUUGAUCCUUGGACUGAUGUAUUUGCUUCAGUUACCGUGCCGGAGUUAUCUCAACGAGAGUUUGUUCAAGGUUGGCACACAAAUAUGAUAGAAGAAUAAAAUAAAACAUUCCUCAAAAGAUAAUCCCUCUUACUGAUAGAGCUAUCUAGAACUGAUAGAGCUAUUUAGUAUAAAUGAGUUUAUUGAGUUUCUCACUAUAAAAUGGUGAGCAAAUUUCCCAAGCUACGAUUUAACGUCCUUAUCCGAGAAGACGCGAAAAUCUAACCAUUUACUGAUGAAGGAUUAAACCCAGCCUGGGUCUUGAAAGGCAAGCGUGUUGUCCAUGAUACCACAUGUGUUGGGUUUAUGCAUGUGGGUUUCACUUCUGUUCCAAGGGUUCAAUUGCUGAUUAUAAUUUAUUCUCAGUCACGAGAAGUAAAGUACUUCCAGUUUGAUUCUGCCAAACACGGCACAUUUUCGGUAGAUACCUGGGGUUUUUCCUGGAAUACUGGGCCAAGAAGAGAUAGGCUUAUUAAGCCCUUGCUUCGUAAAAUGAUUAACUUUUUUCUUCUUCUUGAUUCUUAUAUAGAAUGUAUUAAUCAUAAUGCAGUCUUAACUUUGUUCACUCAUACUGUCCAAUAUUUGUCUCAAUGUCAAAGUGCUGCUGCAGAGUUGAUCAUGCUCAAAGAUCUCACCGCGUGGACUGCAAGUAUUAAACCAAGGUGAGAGAGGAUUGCAUCUUACUUCCUUUACUCCCGGUAGUCAACAUUUCCUUCUGUACUUAUUCUGGACCAAUAAUACUCUUACUGGACCUCUUUGAAGAACAGUUUAGAACCGAUAGAGCUAUCCAGUAUAGUCCUAGCGUAUAAGCGCACCUUAACACAUACAUGUGUUCAAAUAAUCAUUUUGUUUCACUAACGUCCAGUGUACGUUCGUUCAGUAGUUCCAACCAAACCACGACAAUAAUUUUCAUCUUUUCUUGACAGUAACCCAGAUACGGAAAGCAAAGUGAUAUUACUGUGGUACAAGAUCUUACAACUCAUAGUCCGUCAAAUCAGUUAUGACGUCAACUUGCGUGAUCUGGGUCAACAAGUCGAUUUCCUUAUUCCUUACAUCACUCACGCUGGGGAAGAUAGGGACACGACGGGGCUCCUAGGAGUAAUUGGAUUUGGAAGAAAGUCUCCACUUACCGCAAGGUUUGUAUAUUCUGUGAGCUCUAUAUGUAACUGGAGCUCUAUAUGUAACUGGACCUCUAUAUGUAACUGGAGCUCUAUAUGUAACUGGAUCUCUAUAUGUAACUGGAUCUCUAUAUGUAACUGGAUCUCUAUAUGUAACUGGAGCUCUAUAUGUAACUGGAUCUCUAUAUGUAACUGGAGCUCUAUAUGUAACUGGAUCUCUAUAUGUAACUGGAUCUCUAUAUGUAACUGGAUCUCUAUAUGUAACUGGAGCUCUAUAUGUAACUGGAGCUCUAUAUGUAACUGGAUCUCUAUAUGUAACUGGAUCUCUAUAUGUAACUGGAGCUCUAUAUGUAACUGGAUCUCUAUAUGUAACUGGAUCUCUAUAUGUAACUGGAGCUCUAUAUGUAACUGGAGCUCUAUAUGUAACUGGAGCUCUAUAUGUAACUGGAUCUCUAUAUGUAACUGGAUUGAUAUCUUCAGGACUUUAAACUCUUCUUCUUUAUCUUUCUGUAGCUUUCGUUUCCUGUGUCGUGCUCUGUCCACGUUUCUCUCCGCGCAGCUACCCACCAACGGCUUACCACGUGUGAAGACAAACGCACCUGGAUGUCCUAAGGCCGGUGCUAAGAAGGUAAAUUUAGAGAUGUUGCCUUUCGUUGACCUGUAUGUAGUUUAUAUAGAGCUAUCCAUUAGAAUAUAAAGGUAGUUUAGUUUUGGUUUCCUCCUGUAGUAGCACUGGAUCAAUAAGAGAUGGUCCUUAUUGGAUCUCUAGGGAGAACAGUUUAGAACUGAUAGAGCUAUCCUGUAUAAAUAAAGUUAGCUUAGUUUAGGUUUCCUCCUGUAGUAACACUAUACCAAUAAACUCAUUGCUGGAUCUUAAGCGAGAACAACUUAAGACUUGUAGACUCUUUCCCUUCAGAAAUUCACAUCGCCAAGUCAUAUAAAUAAAUGUUUAUAUUCACAGGAAACGACGUCUGGUCCUGUCGCUACACAGCGUACUAACACCGCGUUUCACAAUCUGGAAUCACUACGGUUAAAUAAAACAUAUUUGAGUUUGGUGGAACAUAUCGAAUAUGCAUGUAAAUAUAUUAUCAACCCAGAACACUGUUUGUGUGAUGGACCUCGAUUCCUGGAAAAAUUAAGUCAAGAUUUGUUCAAAGAUAAAAGUUAUCUUGUGCUCGCUGUGUGA